GGGAAGCCUCCCCAUGGACUUGUUUCACAAAGCAAGGCAACCUUCGAAGGGGAAGACGUUGACCAGUGGGUUUUUUUUAGAAGAAUUCUCAUGCCUGGAAUAAUCUAGCACACGUUUGUUUAUUUUUUCUUUUAAACUUGGUUAAGAGUUGGUAAAAAAAGUCCUUCCUUUUCUUCAGGCAGCUGAAACCCUUCCAGGAGGCUCUGCUUUGCUCAACUUGUCUUCGGUCUCUGUGUAACAGCCUCCUGCAUGUUUUGGUGCUGCUCAGAUUCUAUGUGGUCUCUAUGGCCUCAUUUUACGGGACUGUCACACCGAGGGAGGCUUUCCCCAGCACCAGAAAAAAACCUUGGUGUGGUCUCUUCAGCACAGUAGCUAAGAACAAGUUCCCUGAUUGCUCCCAGGUUCUCCCGGGAACUCUUUUCAGGAAGUGGCUGUUCCUCCCCCACACUUAAAUGGAUGAUUGUGUUACAAUUAAGAAAAAGCAUCUUCAGAGACCUAUCUUUAGACUAAGAUGUUUGGUGAAGCAGCUGGAGAAAGGUGAUGUGAACGUGGUUGAACUGAAGAAGAACAUUGAAUAUGCAGCAUCUGUUCUGGAGGCAGUAUACAUUGAUGAAACCAGGAGGUUGUUGGAUACAGAGGAUGAACUAUCAGAUAUCCAAUCAGAUUCUGUUCCACUGGAAGUACGAGAUUGGUUAGCAUCUACCUUUACGAGGAAAAUGGGAAUGACCAAAAGGAGACCAGAGGAGAAACCAAAAUUUCGAAGCAUCGUGCAUGCUGUACAAGCCGGGAUCUUUGUGGAAAGAAUGUAUCGAAGAACGUCUAGCAUGAUUGGCUUGGCUUAUCCAGCUGAAGUAAUAGCAACCUUUAAGGAUGUUGACAAAUGGUCAUUUAAUAUAUUUUCCUUAAACGAAGCAAGCGGAGGCCACAGUCUGAAAUUUAUGAUGCAUGAAUUGUUCACCAGAUAUGAUUUAUUGAGCCGUUUCAAGAUUCCUGUUCCAUGUCUCAUUUCAUUUGGAGAAGCUUUGGAAAUUGGCUACAGCAAGUAUAAAAAUCCUUACCACAACUUGAUCCAUGCAGCUGAUGUUACCCACACUGUACAUUGCAUCAUGCUUCUGACUGGGAUCAUGCACUGGCUCACUGAACUGGAAAUAUUAGCCAUGAUUUUUGCAGCUGCAGUUCAUGACUAUGAGCAUACUGGGACUACAAACAAUUUCCACAUUCAGACCAGGUCAGAUGUUGCUAUUCUGUACAAUGAUCGCUCUGUUCUUGAAAACCACCAUGUUAGUGCUGCUUAUAAGAUUAUGCAGGACGAGGAAAUGAAUAUUCUGGUGAAUCUAACAAAAGAUGAAUGGAGGGAUCUGCGCAACCUGGUUGUUGAGAUGGUUUUAUCUACUGAUAUGUCUGGACAUUUCCAGCAAAUCAAAACAAUGAGGCACACUCUUCAGCAAACAGAAGGGAUAGACAAAGCCCGAGCCAUGUCCUUGAUCCUCCAUGCUGCUGACAUCAGCCAUCCAUCAAAAUUGUGGGUUCUGCACUACCGAUGGACAAAGGCCCUGAUGGAAGAAUUUUUUCGACAGGGAGACAAAGAGGCAGAGCUGGGGCUACCAUUCUCUCCUCUCUGUGACCGGAAAUCCACCAUGGUGGCACAGUCCCAAAUAGGUUUCAUUGAUUUCAUAGUGAAACCAACAUUUGCGCUUCUUACUGACUCCAUGGAGAAAAUAGUUUUUCCUCUUAUAGAGGAAGCAUCCAAGUCCGAAAGUCCUACCUUUUUGACAGCACCAAGUGAAAAUAGUACAGGAAGUACCAGCAGUGAUGCUAACAAAAAGUUAAGUGUAAAAAAUGCUGCAUGUGUUGGUGGGACCUGCUCAGAAAACGCUUUGGCAAUGGUGGAUUUAAGAAGCUUUAAGGACACCCUAUUCCGGAACAUACAGGCAAACAAAGACAGGUGGAAAGAUUUAGCAGAAAAAGGUGAUUCUAAUCUCGGUGAGAAUUCCGAAGAGCCCCUGAAAGAGCCAGAACUCUAAGUCAAUGGUACCUUUGUUGCUUCUGCUCAUUUUCAGACUAAGAGGAUGAACUGAACAGCAAGAAAGUGUCUUCAUUCUACACAAGGCUGCUAUCUUUUCUAUGUAUCGCUACCAAGGAAUGAGCUGAUAAUUCCAGGCAUUGAUUGCAGCUAUCAAGAACUUCUUUGACUUCUUCUUCAGUUCUUCUAUUAUCCCUUAACAUAGCUGGAAUACAUCUUCAGCCAAAAUAUUUGUUACACACACACACACACACACACACACACAGAGCCAUAUUGAAUGACUGCUGAAGGGAGGAAGUGCCUGAUUAGCAGAAACUUUAUGUGGGAGCUUCCUCUGAGCAGAUUGCCUCACUUGGAGAUGGUUAAGAGGACCGUGGACUGGAUCUCAAGGUGCAAUUAGUGUAGACAGCUGCAAGCUGCUUCUCUGCUGUCUUGUUGAUUUGUGACAUAUCCAGAUGUACAGAUUUCUGCUUUUAUAGAAAUAUGCGGUAGAGGGUUCAGAAAAGCUGCACUAAAAUACCAAGAAUUGUAGAAAGCCGCUUGAAUAAGUAGGGAUAGUUUUAUAGGUAUCCAAUGAGGUAAACCUCUGGUCUUUUACAUAACCAGCCUUAUUUCUGAAGGGUAUAAAAAAUAUCUAUUUAAAACUAGUAAAAACACGGCUACAUCAAAAUGUAUGAGAAGAUUAAAUGCUAGUUGCUGGGUCUCAGAUUCUUGAAAGAAGCCAUGACUUAGCAGCUAAGCAUGUAAGGGGGUCCAUGAUGCAAACUCUGCUGCCAGAGAAAAACCAACUGGAGACUUCAGGGUUGUACGAGAGACCUCAAUCUAGGAGCUUGCAGAACUGUUGCCAGCUAAGGUUCUAAGGCCAACACUUUGUCUCUUUUUAAAAGCAUUCAUAUUGCAGGCCAUCUUGGUAAAUAUGCCAAGGGAAUCUUGUAUGGGAUUUUUAAACACACCUGAAGUUGCUUUUGCCCUGUAGACAGAAGUCAGCUGGAGCCUUUCUCUCCUUCCUACUGAGGGAAGCGGUGAAAACCAAGAAAUGACAUGAGCUCUGCCUGCUUCUUCUGGCUUUCUCACUUUGGAGCCAGUUGCUCCCCGCACUUUUGGGGAGGCUAGAAAGCAAGAGCAUCCAUCCCAUUGCAAAACUCAUGCUAAAAGGGGUCGCCAAAGCCAUAUAUGAGCUGUGCCUAUUAGAUACCAGCAAGUUGAUUUGAAGGAAAGCUUGGGUGAGUGGAUCAAAAUAAUGAUAAUACUUUUUUAAAAAGCAUGUGGCAACUCUUUCUGUCCAAAAGGCAGAGCUUGUAUUUAGCAUUGACUUCGUGUGCCCUAUGCCAGAGCGGAACAGCCCUUGGAAGAACAAAACUGUCUGAAAUGCUCUAUGAUGGAACUUACACUUUUGCUGAAGUGUUUUCUCUCUUUGCCCUGUAUGUGAAUGUGCCUAUGUAUGUAUACGUAGUCCUGAGUACAUACCCAUAUGUUGCUACUAUCAAGUGGCUCCAGGGAUUUGGAUAAUUCACUGUGUCUUCAUGGUCUCACCAAAUUAUUUCCCCAUGAUUAAAAAUAACCAUUCUCAUGAAUGGCUUGCAUCAAGAAGCUUCAAGAGAUAUCUAUCAACCCACAGGAAUAUAUUCUUUCAUUAAUCCUAGGGAUUUCUCAGGAAAAAUACUUGUAGACUCUUCAACCUGGAACCCCGUGUGGAAAAUGGAGAUGUCCGCUUCUUCUGGGGGGAAAAGAGGAUUUCUUGAGAUCUUUUCCUUGUAUGGGAAUGUCCAGCCACAGCCAAGAGAUCUCCAGUUUUAUUUUGGAAGCCCUCAUAUAAUGCCUUAAUUAUUUAGGAUUAAUCUCUUUUUCUUUUAGAUACCUGCAUGCUUAUAGUCAUCUCGCCCACUGAAUUGUAGGACAGUUCAAAUUAAAGCUUUGCCAAGCAUGAGUCUUCAACAGGAAGAAAGGCAAUUGUCUUCUGUCAAAUACGAUGCAGUUUCAGCUGUAAUUCUAUAUAAAUGCCAUUGUCUGCCUCUGGUAGAUGUACUGUAGGUUUCUCUAAAAGCAUUUGCCCUAGCAUCUCUUGGGAGAGGCUCUUUGACAAGAAACAUUUGACCUCCUAUCACUCUUUGAACAUUGAGGCCAAUGUGGUAGGAAUGUACAUUUUGUGGCUUUUGUUUUACCAUGGAAAUUGUAUGUAAUGUUAUGCUACCAAUGAAAAACCACAGCAGCUACUGAGCAUAAUCUCAUAAUUUUGAUUUUUGCAGAGGAAGAGCAAAUGCAGUGGACUCAAUCCCACGAAGAUCUGUUUUUGCAUAGUUUGUUCAGGGUUUCCCCCCUCUAUGUUGCCUUACGUUGAAAAGGUCAUAUUUUCAAUUGGGACAAACAGUUAAAACAAGCAAGGUAUGGGUGGUGGCAGGUCUUAGUAUCCUAAUUCAAAGUCAUUCUCUUCCAUUUCAUUUGCUUGUCAGUAAAACAGAAAUACUGUGAAAAUCCAUGAUGCAUAACAUGCUCAUUUAGUGUUUGGGACCAGAAAAUGGAGAGGGAGGGUACCCAUUCUCUACAUGUUCUCUGUUUGGUUUUAGUUUUAGGCUGCUUUUUAAACACUGAUGUGCUUCAAUGAAAGAAGAUUUUUCCUCCACAGAUCUUUUAAAGUUAUCUCAAUGUUAAUGUUGAAUUGGGACCACAUUAUGGAUUACUUGUUGGGUUUAGUAAUGAUUUACGCAGCAUACGUCUUCUCUGAUCUGGUCUUUUCUGUACACUUAUAGUUAGUGUACAUUGUCCUUUCCCCAGCCACCUAGUAUGAGUUACACAAUGAGAAGAUUUGUUCAUAUGGUUGGCCACACGCCUGCCCUGUUUAAAUUUUUGGGAGCAUUGUGGAAAAUUAAAGUGGUGGCCUGAUCUUUUUACCUUGCACUCCUCAGAGUAUACAGUAGCUGAAUAGACAUAGGGGUAUACUUUCCAACUUUUACUUUGUAUAUAUUUAUCUUGAGAUUUCUGGCAUACUGUGUAAUAUAAAUAUGAAUUAUAAUUUCAGCAUUUUAAAAGAAUUAAUUUUUAGUGUGGCAAUCCUCAUGGAAUGUAUGGGGGGCUUUUUCUGCUGUAGUUGCCUAUGAUAAGAUGUCUAAA